CGCAGAACCUCCCGGGAAUUGUGGUUCAGUCGCGCUUGAGAGGCCGCUUCCUGCUAGACAGAAGAACUACACUUCCCAGUGUGCAUCGGAAAAGCUUCAUUUGAAAACUCACCUAGCCCGUGCAGAUACGGGUACGGUCGGCAUCCCGAGGCUGAGCUUGAGAAAUAAGUUCUCUAGUGGGGAACCCGGCAAAGAUGCCAGUAGGAACUCGGGAACCACCUUCUUCGGGGAAAAGGACGGAUCUUUAUCGCUGGAAACGGUUCACCAAGAAACCGAAUCCCAAGCAUGGUUUUGACUCAGAGAAUUUGGAGUACUGGACAAAGAGGGUCGAGAAGGCCUCAGAGCUUGCAGUUUCUGAAGUAUUUUCUCCAAGAAAUUCAGAUGUUCCUAGAAGACCAUGGAGCAAAGUCAUAGAUUUAGAAACAACAGAGCAGCUUGUGGACCGUGAUGAAGCUUAUGAAGAAGCUCAAGAACUACUUAAUGACUGGAUGGACUCAAAACUUAAAAUGGAAUUAACAAGUGAUAAAGAAGAUGAUGGGGAUGUUGUGCCCAAUGUUACAUCUUCUGUGCCCAAUGUUACUUCUUUACCAGGAGAGAAUGGUGUUGAUGAUCCUAGGAAGUUUGAAAAAUUUGAUGAUUUGUGUGGCCAUUUGGAAGAAGAAGAAGAAAGUACCACGGUUAAACAAUUUAUGGACCAUCUUCUUCAUAAAGAUGUAGUGGAUUCUGGUAUAUUGGAAGACCUUGGAAUGAAAGAAAAUCAAGAAAAGAAAAAGCAGAAGGAUCCCCGUCUUACCAUGGAGAUGAGACAUAAGCAGGUAAAGGAAAAUCGUUUAAGACGACAGAAGGAAUUAGAGCGUCAGAGGGCAGAGAAGGCCCUAAAAAAAUCAGCCCUCUUGGAAGCUCAGUAUCUAGUACAAGAAGAAAAAAAAAAUGCUCUGAAAGUGAAGAAAGAGGAAGAAGAAAUUCAAAAGGAGAUGAUAAAGUUGCGGAAGCGAAUGGUUGAAAGAAGACGCACUGUUCAGGAAGCAUGGAAAAUGGAGAGAAAAAAGCAAGAAGAGAAAUCUCAGAAACUUCUAGAAAAAGUCUCCUUCCAAAAUGCUCAAGUUUUGCUGAAUGAAGAAAAAAUAGCAAAAGAAAAAAAGAAAAAACAGCAGGAUCUAUUACUCAAGAUUAACAUGGAAAACCACCGGUGCCUACAAAAACAUUUCUCUGCCUGGAAGAAGGUCGUUUUUGAACACAAACUUAAGAUGAGGAAAGCUGAAGUAUUAGCAGAUUGGAAAUGUCAGAUGAAGUUCCUAAAAGCUUGGAGGGACUACACAAGAAUUCAGAGGUUGGCACGAGAGACUCAAACCAUGGAGGCUUCCAUAAAGGAACAAGUCAGAAAACAACAACUGGCAACAGAUUUCAACUGGAGGAGAAUUGUAGGACACUAUUUUAUGCAUUGGCAACACUUACAUAGAAAAGAACGUGGAAGGAGACAGCAAGAAUUGAAAAAGGAAGAAACUCGGAAGAAAAUAAAUGAGUUGCUAAAGGCAGCAUCCCUGGGGAAACUUAGUUCAAAUGAAUCUUGUGACAUAAGAAAUGGGGAAAAACAGAAAUCCCAAAAUUCAUCUACCAAAAAAGAAGAGGUGCCAGCAGUGGCCUUUUCCCAGGAGAAGCCUUCGGGGAGUGAUGGUUACAUAACCAGUCCUUCUUUAUGCAAAAACACCAAGUCUGUCUUCCAAGUCUCUCCGAACUCACCAGAGCUUUCUCAGGCCAAGAACUCAAGUUGUGAGUCCUUGCAUCAGAUUUGUAGCAGUCAGCCAAUCAGGACUGCCAAGCAGAAACCCAUGUCCCCUUACAUGAACCACUUCCACAACCGCCACAUUUUCCAGAAACAAGUGAUUGAAGAACAAAAGAAGAAACUCCAGGAACAACAGAAAAUGAUCCUCGAGCUGCAAGAAAACCAGAGACUAAGAGAGGCAAGAGAAGAGGCGAAGUGGGCUACGGCAGUGACGGCAGCUCUCACCCGGCUGAAGUCAAACCCCAGAGAGGAGAAGUCCAAGAAGGGGCGCCAGAUGAUGUCAAUCUCAUCUGGUCCAUCCUCUGUGAUUAACAGCCCUAAGAUUGAUUCUCAAAGUUCCCCUUAUGCAUCCAAAAAGAAGUCAAAGCAAUUGGUAACACCACACCCUAUCUUAAAAGCCAUGGAGGAGAGAGCUGUUCAGAGGAGUGAACGUAAGAAAAUCUUAGCAGAAAUCAAGAAAAAACAAGAAGAAGAGAAAUUGGCUCAGUUGAAGGCUCAAGAGGAGGCACGUCAGAGAAAAGAAGCAGAAGAAAAAGAGCUCCAACUUGAAAAGAGGCGAGAAGAAAAGAGACUGAAGAAAAUGAGAGAGCUGGAGAGGCAGAAGAAAGCUGAGAGGAACCAGCAGCUCCAGGCAAUGGCUAAGGACCAUUACGAACGGGUCCUGCUGCAGAGGAAGGGCCUGGAGCCAUGGAAGAGACUUCUCAAUCAAACCAAGUACCACAUGGAGGUGGCAGAAAAUCAUUAUUGUUCCACAAUUAAGAGGAAAUAUCUAUUAACCUGGCUCCAUAAUAACCAAGAAAGCCUGGCUGAGAAGAAGGCCCAAGCAGAUAAACUUUAUUCCCAGGUCCUGCUUAAGAAAGCCUUUAGGAACUGGUUAGAGUACAAAGAUUUUCUAACUAUUGCAGAAGAAAAAGCAAGAAAACUUAGUGCUGCAUUUCUUCAGAAGAACAUUUUUAUGUCAUGGCUUAAUAUAGUGCGUGAGGAGAAGAUUGCUGCUCAGAAGAAGCUUCAGAUUGCCAUGGAGCAUAAUACUAGGAGGAUUCUUUUAACCGCAUUUCAGACAUGGAAAAAAUUUCCAAAACUUAUGAAAGAAGAAAAAUUAAAGGAGGAAAGGAGGGAAGAACUGCGCAAGAAAGUAGCUGAAAUCCUUCCAGACUUCAGGACUACAAGCUCUGUGUGAAGAUGAGUGAAAGAAGAAAUGUUAGGCUCAGUCAUCUUGUAUAUGAAUGACCUCUUAGUGCCAGAGAAAAAACAUCAAUAAGUGUGGGGCCUCUGGGAGAAGUAUCAUUGGCCCCUAAGGUCUGUUUAGUUCUUAUUAUUUAAUUUGUUUGCCAGAAAUCAUUUGAAACAAAGUACAACAAGGAAACAUUCUGCGAUCUUAAAUUUUCCUCCUUGAUUUCUGCUGCAUUGUUUUGAAUCAAAGGAGCUUUCCAGGACCUUUGCCUCAAAGGGGUCACUCCAUUGCAACAGAAUUUCAUAAAUUUACAUAAAAAUAUAUGUAUAUGUAUAUAUAUAUACACACACAUGUAUAAAUAUAAAUUUACUUCCCAUAAUCACUUGGAACCACUCUUUACAUGCAGACUACCUGAUUUUAUGACAUCAAUGAACAUAUGGGGGAAAAAUGAGUCUUGAUAAUCUGACAAAGUAUGUUGUAAUAUAACCUUACCUAUAAAUAAAAUAUUUCUGGAAUGGCA